AAACAUUCACAGAAUAGUAGAACGCACGCACAAAACAUUAACCUAGAUUUCCUAUGCAGAUAAUGUUGAUAAGCCCAGCCUGUUUACAUAUUAUCUAUUCAAAAUGGAUUCCCUAAGGUUAUUUGCGGUUGUUGUUGGGCUAUUUUCACUGGUAACAAGUACAUCGGCAGGGGCCUGUUACCAGUUUAACGGAGAAGGAAGAGUUGUUUUUCCGCAGGAAAUUACAAUUAGUACAAGUGCACAUUUCAAACUGUCGUUCCGUACUGUUGCCGACUCUGGGAUACUUUUUUAUGCGGAAGGUAGUUAUCAUCGUACUGAUACGUAUGACUUUGAAGGCUUAUUCAUGCGCGAUGGAUAUUUGCACUACUUUUUGUUCAAUCCACCCAGGAACAGCCACGGGACAUCGUUUGGUUUCCAUGGGAAAAGUAAGAAGCGAGUGAAUGAUGGACAAUGGCACCAGGUGGAAUUUUACCGUAACAUCGAUACUGAGAGGAGGAAGGCUAACGGCACCACAGAACGUGUACACAGGACAGGUUUGAAGGUGGACGGCGUACUUGAAGCCUUCGACGAUAGAUACCGGUCAGAUGUACAAAUAUUUCCACCAAUAACCCUUGGUGAGGACCCGCAUCUACAAGAAAGAUCUAGCAAGUCGAUUGGAAACUUUAAAGGUAAAAUCCAGGACUUCGAAGAAGUUGAAAACGACAUACAGUUCGGGAUGGAGGAGGCAAAUGUUGCUGGCGGUGCGUCGCACUGUAUCGUUGUUCCAGAUGCUGUGUAACUUUUACACUUGGCAGAUAUCGUGCAAUAUUCAUAUAACAUGAACACGUGACAAUCGUGCAUAGAAUCACAAAACUCUGCAUGAGUUAUAUUAUGCGAUUUAUUCAGGUGGUGAAAUGGGAUUGUGAACGAUAUAUUCUUUCAAGGUAGUAGUCAUGAUGUAGACCCUAUAUUGUUUACACAAUUUUAAACUUGAACAUACGUCCGGACAGUAAUUUGAUGUCUUUCUCAGAACUUUUGCUUUGCAACUGAUUCAAUUAACGCAUGCAGAAAUGAGAGUCUAGUUUUACAAAACUUUUUAUUUAAAACUUCCGGCAUAAGCUGAUGUUCAAAUAAAAAUUAUAUC